GGUAGGGGGUAGGUAAGUGAAUCGGAAGGAAGGAAGGAAGCGGAAGAGGAAGUCGAGAAGGGUUGGAUGGUUCCACGGGGGCUAAACGUUGGGAGGUCGAUUUGGGAGCAAGCCGAGGCCGAGGCAGAGGCAGAGGCAGAGCCGGAGCAGCAACGUUUCUACGAUUCUCCGCCGCCACGGAUGGACGUGAGCGUGUGCUGCUUACCCGCGAGUGCCGGCUCGGGGGCCCAGCACCCUCAUCCAGCGAGUUUGCCUUCCGGCGGACAGCCGACGAUUCAGCCACCCUAUCAGUAUGCCGAUCAGAUAGUGCCGGAUCGGGGUCAGCCCGACGGAUUGCCGGUACUUGGGUGUACCGGUCAGGAUAACUGGCAGCAAAUCUCCUCCGCGUCGAACGUUGUUGGCGCUGUCACCUCCGCCGCCGCCGCUACCACCACUGCUACCACCACCUAUAUCGACUACUCUUGGUUGCAGAUGCAGCAGACGUCGGACCUGGACACGUUGCUAUGUAGACAGGAGCUCGACCGGCUGCAGAAGCUCGACGAAGAUGACCCGGAGAAGGAGCCGAGGGAGUCGGCGGUGCAGAUGGAGGACUUCUUCGAGGUCGGGGGACCGGUAUGUCGGCCGCAGGCCAGCUUCGUCUCGUCGAGGAGUCAGCCUGCGGGGAACGACGACGACGUGUUCCUCAGGCCGCCGCUCUGGGAGGACAUCACCUCCAGUAUACAAAAGCUCGACCCGGAGAACGCCGACAUGCUGGCCUCGCAGUCUCACGUCAAGAUGGAGACGGACGAGGUCGCGUCGCCGGUAUUGUCGCCGGUCGAAAUCAAAACGGAGCCGUUGCCUCCGCCGCCGACCUUGCACCUACUCGAAGGACCCGUUUCGAAUUCGGUGCCGAGCUACGCGAACGGCCAUCCCAAUCCGUCCACCGGUCCUCAGCCGCCCCACCAUCGGACCACCUCUGCCGCCUUCAAGACUUUCCCUUCCAACAACAACAACAACCACAACAACAACAACAGCAGCAGUACCAACAACAACAACCACAACCACACCAACAACAACGCCGCUGGAGCCAACAACAACAACAACCACAACAACAACAACGUCGCCAGCAGCAACAACAACAACAACAGCAACAAUAAUAACAACAGCAACGGCGGUAGUGGGAACGGUAAUAACAAUAACAACAAUAACGACUCGACGACGAGUCAUCACGGAGGUGGGAAUCAGAUCGGUGGCAGCGCGACGUCACCGCUUUACGGCUCGAUGACUAGGUUAAUGUAUAUUUCCCCGCUGACGCCGCCGAUUUCUGAUCCUGGCUCGCCGAUAGGGGCUCCACCGAGACGGACACCGCCUCCACCCUAUCCCCAGCCCUCCAUUAUGAAUCCUCCGCACAGGAUUCAAGCCCCAGCCAUCACUACCAAAUUCAACAGGCGGAACAAUCCCGAGCUGGAGAAACGUCGCGUUCACCACUGUGAUUUCAUAGGUUGUACAAAGGUCUACACGAAGAGUUCGCACUUGAAGGCGCACCAGCGGAUACACACGGGUGAAAAACCGUACCAGUGUCAAUGGCCAGAAUGCGAAUGGCGAUUCGCUAGGAGCGACGAAUUAACUCGUCACUAUCGAAAGCACACCGGUGCGAAACCCUUCAAGUGUGCCGUAUGCGAGCGUUCCUUCGCCAGGAGCGAUCACCUCGCCCUUCACAUGAAACGGCAUCUUCCGAAGCAGCACGCCAAGUGACCCUACCGCUCCACCGGGACUUCGUCUCCGUCUUCCUCCUCCUCCUCCUCCUCCACGCCCUCUCCCACUCCCUCUCCCUCGUCGUCAUCGAGUGCGCGCGGCCCCGACCACGCCGAUCUCUUCCAACCUUUCUCCGUCUAUCCCGAUUUAGGGGAAACCCGGAAACUGGACCUCCUUCUCUGAUCACCCACCACCCUUCCAUCCAUUCUA